CCUUCAAUUGCACCCAAGCCAAGAUCAAGACGGGGAAGAACAGCCUUUAGUGAAAACGCAAUUGACAGAUUGGAGGGGGUUUUCAUGGUAAACCGAUAUCCUGAUAUCAAUCUAAGAGAAACCUUGGCUCAACAGCUAGGCGUAGCCGAAUCGAGAAUUCAGGUUUGGUUUCAAAACCGCCGAUCUAGAGGAAGAAGA